UUUGUUUGAUGUUGUGUCUUGUGGAUUUUCGUGGAUAUUUGUAAAUAGCCUUGCUUUGCUAUUGGUGUACCAAUUCAAUGUUUGCUGAGGAACGCUAGCGUUAAACUCGACACAAAAUAAGUGUAAAGUGAAGGCUUCUAUUUGGUGUUGUGGGCUCUUGAUUGGGUUAGAGUUCUAACCAGCUACGCAUUCAGGGGUUGUGUACGGUCUCGGAGAAAUUAACGAUGAUGAUGCAUCGCAGAGGUGGUAAAAGGAUCCGAAUGGAUGACCCACCACCUGAUUACGAAGAUGAGAGAGAUCACCAUAAUGAAAGCUUUUCGGAUGGGAUGGAUACAGGUGAAUCACCAAAACGAAUGACCCGUCUUCGUGCGCGCGGUGGUGUUCGUGACAAGCCUCCAAUCAUCGACGAUGACGAAGAGGAUGAAGUUCCAGUGAUAAGAAAGAAGAAAGCUGGCCGCAAGCCUGCUGUUGAGCGUCACCCUCGCGUCGAGAAAGAAAAGGACCACACCAAAGAACAAGAGCGUAUUGAUCGUGAACGUGACGUUACCACAGACGAAUCAAGUCUUUAUUUUAUCGUUCGACAUUCGAAAUCAGCUAUUGUGAGCAUCGUUGACGAUUGGAUCGAAAGCUACAAAAUUGACCGUGACAAUGCCUUGAUUGCCCUCAUGCAAUUUUUUAUCAAUGCCAGUGGGUGUAAGGGAAAAAUUACUUCUGAAAUGCAACAGACAAUGGAACAUACAGCUAUUAUUAGAAAAAUGACGGAAGAAUUUGACGAGGAAAGUGGAGAAUACCCAUUAAUUAUGCCCGGCAUCCAGUGGAAGAAAUUUAAAAUGAAUUUCUGCGAAUUUGUCCAAAGUUUGGUUAAACAGUGUCAAUAUUCGAUAAUUUAUGAUCAAUUCUUGAUGGAUAAUGUUAUUUCAUUGCUGACGGGUUUGUCAGAUUCGCAAGUUCGUGCUUUUCGACAUACUGCAACCUUGGCAGCCAUGAAGUUGAUGACUGCAUUAGUCGAUGUUGCCCUCCUUGUGUCUGUUAAUUUUGAUAAUGCUGCCAGGCAAUAUGAAGCUGAACACGUUAAGAGUCGUGAUAAGCGCGCGAAUGAUCGUUUAGAGUCGUUGAUGGCUAAGAGAACUGAACUGGAAGAAAAUAUGGAUGAAAUAAAAAAUAUGUUGACAUAUAUGUUUAAGUCUGUUUUCGUUCAUCGUUAUAGGGAUACUCUGCCAGAUAUUCGUGCUAUCUGUAUGACAGAGAUCGGUGUAUGGAUGCAGAGCUUCUCUCAAAACUUUUUGGAUGAUUCGUAUCUCAAGUACAUUGGCUGGACACUUCAUGAUAAAGUUGGUGAAGUGCGCUUGCGAUGUCUACAAGCUCUAUUACCACUUUAUGCUUCAGAAGAAUUCAAAGGAAAAUUGGAGUUAUUCACGUCGAAGUUUAAAGAUCGUAUCGUUGCUAUGACCCUUGACAAGGAGUUUGAAGUUGCCGUACAUGCAGUGAAGUUGGUAAUAAGCAUUUUAAAGAUUCAUCCUGAUAUAUUGACGGACAAGGACUGCGAAAUUGUUUAUGAAUUAGUGUAUUCGUCAAAUCGAGGGGUUGCUCAGUCUGCGGCAGAAUUCCUUAAUGUUCGCUUAUUCAACUUAACUGACGAUAUGGAAGUAGUAAAAACAAAACGGGGUAAAAAGCGAUUGCCAAACACCCCACUCAUACGGGAUCUCGUACAAUUUUUCAUUGAGUCUGAGCUCCAUGAACACGGAGCCUAUUUGGUAGACUCCUUCAUCGAUAACAAUCAAAUGGUUAAAGACUGGGAGUGUAUGACAGACUUAUUGCUAGAGGAGCCUGGACCGAACGAAGAGCAACUAGAUAAUAAGCAGGAGUCAACUUUGAUUGAAAUUAUGGUGAGUGCCAUAAAGCAGUCUGCAACAGGCGAGGCACCAGUGGGCCGGGCGAGCAACCGCAAACUCACGCUCUCUGCGAAAGAAUUAAAGCAAGUGCAAGAUGAUAAGACAAGACUAACAGAACACUUCAUUGUGACGUUACCGCCCUUGUUAGAGAAGUAUCAAGCUGAUGCUGAAAAAUUGACGAAUUUGUUGUCCGUUCCGCAGUACUUUGAUUUAGACAUUUACACAACAUCGCGCCAGGAAUCCAAUCUUCAAGCAUUGCUCGACAUGAUGAGCAAUAUCAUGUCGAAGCACACCGACCGAGAAGUCUUAGAGACCUGCGCAAAGACCUUAGAAUAUCUAUGCAUUGAGGGAAGUGCAAUUUACACUCGGUGUGAUGUUGCCCGAUCGAAUAUGAUUGAUCAGUGCGUAAACAGAUACAGAGAAGCAAUUGACGAAUGGAGAAAUUUAAUAGCUGGUGAAGAGUUGCCAAAUGAGGAUGACAUCUAUCAAAUUAUUAUCUCUCUGAAAAAUGUUUCUAUUCUGUAUUCUUGCCAUAACUUGAAUCCAUGGAAUCUUUUCGAUUCAAUUUAUCAAGACAUUGAGGAGUGUCAGUCACAAUCAAAUCCAGACAGGGGUUUACCACACGAAGCUCUGGUGUACUGUAUAGAAGCCUGUUUCUUCUCGAUCAAUUGGGGACUAUACCACAUUGAGAACAAUUGCGAAACCUCGUCAUUGGAGCAGACAUCAUUAGAAUUGCGGAAUAAUCUCCACAAGUAUAUAAAUGCUUGCUGUGAACUUGUUAGACAUGGGCCAACUGUUCAAAUUCAAGAGGCUGCUUACAUGUCCAUUUGUGACUUGCUCAUCAUUUUCUCAGACCAGUUGGCAACAAAUGAAAAUGUGGGCGUUCAAAAACUCGAGUACCGACCAUCAGUGGAACAGCAGCUGAUAUUGAAUGAUUUCGUUCAGCAAAUUGUAUUUGCACCCCAGCAAGAAGAGGGACAUGAUGAAACUAGAAUUGAGGAGUUACACAAAAAGCGGAACUUCUUGGCAGCAUAUUGCAAACUAAUUGUCUACAACAUCAUUCCAACCAAAGCUGCAGCAGAAAUAUUCAAACAUUAUCUAAGGUGUUACAACGAAUAUGGAGACAUAAUCAAAACAACCUUAGGAAAAGCGCGUGAAAUCAACAAGAUUAACUGCGCAAUGACAAUGUGCCUAAGUCUUGUUGGAGUUUUCAAAGAGCUCCAGGAAAUGUCGGAGGAUGAAGUUGUUUCAAAAUCUUCGCAAGAGUUCCUGGAUCUAAAAGAAUUGGCCAAACGUUUUGCCUUAUCAUUUGGUUUAGAUGCAAUAAAGAACCGUGAAGCCAUCAUCGCACUGCAUCGAGCGGGUAUUCUAUUCGCUGUUUCAGAAGUCCCAGAUGAUCCAGUAGCAGCUCCAUCACGACUUCUAUUUUUGGAAAUUUUGAACGAAUUCACAAAUAAACUUCUAAGGCAGGACAAGAAGGUUGUUCUCAGCUUUUUGGAUAGGCGAGUAGCACCGGGAAUGCCAUCAAGUCGUGGAGAAGAAUGGCAGCCCUUGGUGACUUAUAGGAAUUCAUUGCUUCAUGGUGAUUCCGAUCAACCUCCAAUUCCUGCAAAGAAGGCUUAUGCUCGUAGAAGGCGGGACCAUGACGACGAAGAUGAUGAAGAAUAUGAUGAUGAUCAUAACGAUCCUGAUUUCCGCGGGUAGGAGUAGAAAGUGAGACUAUAUCUUAAGAUAAAAUUGUAUGCAUAAUGCAAGCAAUGCUAUACUAUAUUAAUAAAUGAAGUCCUAUUGAAUAGUA